UCCACCGUUCACGCCGGAGAUCGGGAAAAGUGAUCGAGACGCCGCUCUAAGAGCCCGAUCCCCCACAAGCUCCGUCUGCUCCUCCGGUUUAAAAAAAAUAACCCCCCCCUCCCCUCCCCCGACGGGAACGAGGAAGAAACCGCGCCAAACCUCGACGCCAGGAUCCACCUGUGAGCCCCCAGCAUGGCCACCAUCACCUGCACGCGCUUCACCGAUGAGUUCCAGAUGUUCGAGGAACUGGGCAAGGGAGCCUUUUCAGUGGUGCGCAGGUGCAUGAAGGUCCUGUCAGGACAGGAGUACGCUGCCAAGAUAAUCAACACCAAGAAGCUGUCUGCCCGGGAUCACCAGAAGCUGGAGAGGGAAGCCCGCAUCUGCAGACUGCUGAAGCACCACAACAUCGUGCGACUCCAUGACAGCAUCUCAGAGGAAGGACACCACUACCUUAUCUUUGACCUGGUGACGGGAGGGGAGCUCUUUGAAGAUAUCGUGGCCCGAGAGUAUUACAGCGAGGCGGACGCCAGCCAUUGUAUCCAGCAGAUCCUGGAGGCCGUCCUGCACUGUCAUCAAAUGGGCGUCGUCCACCGAGAUCUCAAGCCGGAGAACCUGCUGCUGGCGUCGAAGUCCAAGGGGGCGGCGGUGAAGCUGGCAGACUUCGGCCUGGCCAUCGAGGUCGAAGGGGAGCAGCAGGCCUGGUUCGGCUUUGCCGGCACACCUGGCUACCUGUCCCCGGAGGUACUCCGGAAGGAUCCGUACGGGAAGGCUGUGGACCUGUGGGCAUGUGGUGUAAUUCUGUACAUCCUGUUGGUGGGAUACCCCCCGUUCUGGGACGAGGACCAGCACAGGCUAUAUCAGCAAAUCAAGGCUGGGGCCUAUGAUUUUCCCUCCCCAGAGUGGGACACUGUUACUCCUGAGGCGAAGGACCUCAUCAAUAAGAUGCUGACCAUCAACCCAGCAAAGCGCAUCACGGCCUCUGAGGCCCUCAAACACCCCUGGAUUUCGCACCGGUCCACAGUGGCCUCCUGCAUGCACCGACAGGAGACCGUGGAGUGCCUGAAGAAGUUCAACGCCAGGAGGAAGCUGAAGGGUGCAAUUUUGACCACCAUGCUGGCCACACGGAACUUUUCAGGAGCCAAAAGUGUGGGGAACAAGAAGAGCGAUGGAGUGAAGAAAAGGAAGUCCAGUUCCAGUGUGCAGCUGAUGGAAUCCUCAGAAAGCACCAACACCACCAUCGAGGACGAGGACUCUCGAGUGAGGAAGCAGGAGAUCAUUAAGGUGACAGAGCAGCUCAUCGAGGCCAUCAGUAAUGGAGACUUCGAGAGCUACACGAAGAUGUGCGAUCCCAGCGUGACGGCCUUCGAACCCGAGGCUUUGGGGAACCUGGUGGAAGGCCUGGAAUUUCACCGGUUCUACUUUGAGAACCUGUGGUCGAAGAACAGCAAGCCGGUGCACACCACCAUCCUGAACCCGCACAUCCACCUGAUCGGCGAGGAGGCGGCCUGCAUCGCCUACAUCCGCAUCACGCAGUACAUCGACUCCAGCGGCAUGCCGCGCACCGCCCAGUCCGAGGAGACCCGCGUCUGGCACCGCCGCGACGGCAAGUGGCAGAUCGUCCACUUCCACCGGUCCGGCACCCCCUCCGCCCUCACCAAAUAAAAUCACCCCCCUGGUUGUGUUCUAAGGUUCAACACAAUUUGAGAGGAGGAGUGUCUCCAUGGUGCCGGUGACCAGCUAACUGAAGGGGGCGGGGCUGAGGGCCCAUCCCCUGCAUCUUUCAUCUUUUACUUGAAACCCCUGCGCACCCCUGCUCCACCAACGCAUAUGGUAUCAUCCAACCCCUGCACACCCCUGCUCCACCAAUGCAUAUGGUAUCAUCCAACCCCUGCACACCCCUGCUCCACCAAUGCAUAUGGUAUCAUGCGACCCCUGCACACCCCUGCUCCAUUAAUACGAAUGGUAUCACCAAAACAAACAAACAAAAAAAACUAUCACUAACCUUGCUGCUGUACAUAUCUGAGCUUUAGCCCUGUCCAAAUAGUUUUGACUCUGCUUUAACCUUUCAUUCGUUAGGGGCAUGGAUAUUUACAACAAGGUUUUUCUUUUCCGCUACAGUUUUUGAGCUUUAUUAAUAUUCAGAACUUGUGUGAAUUACCAUGCACGAUUACCAGUGACCCUGGUUUAGGGUUGCUACCAAUAUUUUCACUGGUUCUGUUGUGACAUUUAGGAAAUGGACUUGUGCUACAGAUGGAGAUAACGUUUAAAAACAAGGGACUACUCUAAACUCAGUGCUUUGAUCCGAUGGAUAGCAGUGGAUAAUCACUUAAUUUUCAUGUCCUCCCCGUAAGCUUACCUUCCAGUUGACUGCAAUGGUCAUUUCCAUUACUGUACCUAGCAUGAGCCAAUUUACUGUAAACUGCAGUAUUUUUUUUUGUCACUAGGUGUACUAUCACAGUUUAUAUAUUAUGUAUAUCGAAGGCCUGGUAUAUGUUUCCCAUAUCUCAUUUAAUGUGCACCAGUCAGACUUUUGAUUAUGGCGUAUGGUCUGAAACCACAUGAGUAAAAUGGGCCUCAAUCUUAUUAUGCAGGAUCCUGCCAGUAUCAGGCCCAAGUGUUUGGUCCAACAGAAAAGUGGGUCAGUCUAUGAUUCUGCGUUUCCCAAAACACAAUUAAGUCCGUCAUAUAAAAGCAAAAAAAAGAGAAAUAAUUCAAAUUGAUGCAAUACACCAUUGUGGUAAAUUUUGUAAACAUUAUGGGUAUAUAUUUUUAGAAUAUUUGUGCAACAGUGUUUUCAUAUAUAGAUGUUGUUUUUUUUUUUUUGUUUUUUUUUGAUAAUUCAGUGGCACCCCUAUGGAAGCUUCAGGCCCGGGACAAAAUCUACUGGGAGGGCCGCUCUCAAAAUAUUUUGUGACAAAAAAUUGUUACGCUCCCAUAGCCUGGGCCCCCCCCUCAGGCCCCAGUUGCCCACUGGACACGGGCUAAUUUAUUAUUAUUUUUCACCAGGUAUGAAAGGUUUGAAACAUUGGAAUGAUACCACACUUCCUACAGUAAUUUACAGAGUUUAGAGAGAGAGAGAGAGAAAUAGGUCAUUUCUAUUUCUUUGAUUCUGACAUUAUUUUGUGGAAGACAGGGGUAUUUUUAUAUAGCAUAUAUUGCAUUAGUAUAUUAAUUUUCUUUUUUUCAUUGGUGUGAAAAUUUAUACAGAGACUUUCAUGUAAGAACUUCCAUUAGACAAGGUUGUGGUGUUUAUUGAAUGUUUACUCUUAGGUGUAAGGUAACUCUUCCAGGUAUUUGGCACAUGGAUUGUUUAAAAUGUCACACCAGAAGUAUUUCUCUUCUCUGUGUACAAAAAGGGAUAGCAAAAAAACAAACAAACAAAAAAAAAAAAAACCCAAAAAAUAAUUGUCUUAAUAUUUUGGUCUCAAAAGAAGUUGUUUUGCUUGGAUUGGAGCAUGCAGUUUGUACCGAUUGUAUGUGUUUUUUUAGAACUAUUUAAUACAUAUAUAUAUACACAAUA